AAAAGAGUCUCCGAACAGCCGAUAUUCACCAUUUAUAUUAACUUAUCUUACCACCAACAUGAACAGGUAAAGCCGUGUCGUGUUUUUUUUUAACAAAUGUCCGCGUCUUCUGUCACAGUAUAAACGAUCUCGCUGUUUAUAUGAAUCUGACGGAACUAAUCGGGAUCUGUCGAAUUUGAAACUUUUUUUCCUCUCUUUUCUCCAUUCAUUCCACAACACAGAGAUAUACAUCGAGAAAUCUUCAAAAUAAACACUCGUGACAGAGUUUGUUGUCAUUAUUUGUACGCGUUAUUACCUGGUGUAUUUAAUGAAGCGCGCGCGCGACCCUCCGGGAUGUUCUUACACGACUUUAAACGCUUCUCGUCCGUGAUUUGGGGAUUCCAACUGGACCUUUAGCUCUUCUAGAAAGACAUGAGCUCUGGAAAUGGGUCUGUGUUUGGGCUCAGAGGUGACAACAGAGGAGGACAAGAAGGCGAAGAUCCACAGCUCGCAGAUAGACAGAGACCUGUACGAGUACGCCAAGAGAGAGUUGAACGUGGUGAAGAUCCUCUUGCUGGGUGCUGCAGAAAGUGGAAAAAGUACGCUGGUCAAACAGAUGAAGAUUAUCCACAGUCAUGGAUUCACCAAACAAGAGCUUACUAGCUUUAAGCCGGCGGUGCUUGAUAAUCUGCUGACCUCCAUGAAGUUUGUCCUGCAUGGGAUGGGUGUCCUUCGCAUCAACCUCGCCAACCCAAAAAACAAGGUUCACGCUCACUCGGUUCUCUCGUGUGGCCGUUGUUUUGAUGAAGACCAGAUGCUGUUCCCCUUCAUAGCCCACGCCCUCUGCUGUUUGUGGGCGGAUCCGGGUGUGCGUUCGUCUGCGGCACGCGGAUACGAGUACGAACUCAAUGACUCGGCACUAUAUUUUUUCGAGAACAUGGGCAGGAUCAUCGCUGACGAUUACAUGCCGACAGAGACGGAUGUUUUGAGAGUGCGACUGAGAACCACAGGAGUGAUUGAGACUCAGUUCAAAGUCAAACACCUGGUCUUCAGGAUGUAUGACGUUGGCGGUCAGCGGACGGAGAGGAGGAAGUGGAUCAGCUGUUUCGAGUAUGUGAGGUCUGUGCUGUUCGUUGUCUCUCUGAGUGGAUACGACAUGACGCUGGUAGAGGAUCCAUCUAUGAAUCGCCUGCAGGAGAGUCUCAAGCUCUUCUCUUCAAUCUGCAACAACAUCUUCUUCAGGGGCACCUCCAUGAUUUUAUUCAUGAAUAAGAUUGAUCUUUUCCAAGAGAAGAUCCUCCACUCGGGGCGUCAUCUGCGCCAUUACCUUCCCCAGUUCAGAGGAGCUGACUGUGAUGUUGAUGCUGCCGCUCGCUUCAUCGCCGACAUGUUCGUGUCAUUAAACGCGUCUCCCAGUAAACUCAUCUACCAUCACUUCACCACAGCCACCGACACAUCCAACGUCCAGGUGGUUUUCCAGGUGGUGAUGGACACCAUUAUCAAGGAGAACCUGGAGGCUGUUUCUCUGCUCUGAGGAAAACCUGUAAAAGACUCAUAGAUGAGCCAAGCAUAUGCUGG